AUGUCAACGAAUGAAACAUCGAAAAAGAAGCAAUCAGUAGAUAAUCAAAUUGCUAGUGAAGAAUAUGAAUAUGUUACAAUACCACCUGAUGGGGGUUAUGGUUGGGUUAUUGCAAUUUCUGCUAUGCUUUGUAAUUUAAUUUGUGAUGGUACUUUAUUCGCUUUUGGUAAUAUGAAAAAGCACCUUCAAGAAAAAUUUGAGUGUUCUGAUAUGGUUAUUCUUAUGGUUGGAGCUGUGCCAUGUGGUAUUUAUUUAUUAGUCGGUCCUAUUAUAUCAGGUUUAGCAAAUAGAUAUGGUUGUCGAAGAAUUAUUAUUAUUGGAAGUAUUGGUGCAGCAAGUUGUACAGCAUUAUCAACACUUUCACCAAAUCCCUAUGCAAUGAUGGUUAUUUAUGGGCUCUUUGGCGGAAUAUUUUUUGGCAUGAUUUAUCUUCCAUCAAUAGUAAUGGUAUCAUUUUAUUUUGAUAAAAAACGAGCUAUUGCUAAUGGUUUAGUAACAGCUGGUACAGGUAUUGGUAUGUUAUCAUUUGGCCCAUUAGCUGAUUAUUUAAUGGAUAAACUUGGUUGGCAAAUUGGCUUACUUAUAUUUGCUGGUAUACUAUUGUCAGGUAUUUUAUUUGGAUUCAUGAUGAAACCAUUACAACAACAAAAAGUACCAAUUAAACGAACAGGAAUAGAAUCACAGAUUCCAAGUAAAGUUAAAUCCGAUCGAUCAGUAAUACUUAACCAUGAAAUGACUGAUGGUACAUAUGCGCCAUUAUUAACAACAAAUGACGACGUUAUUGAUCAUAGUGAUUUGAAGAAUGUAUCUAGUUUCGAGGUUUCAAAUUUGAAUAUACCAUCGAAACAAUCUCGAAUUCGUACCUUAUCAGGAACAAGUCGAACAUCAAUAGAUUCUGCUGGUGGACAUCGAAUUGGUGUUUUAGAUCCAGAAAAUGCUACUCGACCAUUAUAUAGAAAAGAUGCAUUAUUUACUGGAUCAAAACAACAACUUCACCAUCUAUCACGUACAUCAUUAAAUUCUAAUCCAUAUAUAUCAUCGAAAGCAGAUGUUCCUCCACCAAUAACUGAAACCAAGAAAAAACAAUCAGCAUAUGAAGCAUUUAAGGAUAUACUUUCAACAAUGACUGAUUUUUCUAUAUUAAAAAAUAAACACAUGUUAUUAAUUUGUAUUGGAAAUAUUUUCACUAUGUUCGGAUAUUUAUUACCCAUUAUGUGUUUAAUAUCCUUUGCAAAGGAAGAUUUAGGUGUUAACAAAGACGUUGUUCCAUAUCUAAUAACAGUUUUUGGUGCUUGUAAUACAAUUGGUCGAUUUGCUGCAGGACCUAUUGCUAUGAUCCCUCAUUUUACUGCCUCACGUGUGCAUAAUAUACUUUUAUAUAUUGCUGGUGCUGCAACGGUUUUAGCUGGAUAUGCAUAUGAUUUUACAACUUGUGCAAUAUAUGCUGCUAUUUGUGGUUUUGCAUUUGCACCUCAUAUGGCACUUUUACCAAGUGUAGUAUGUGAUUCUGUUGGUCUUGAUAAAUAUACAACAGCUUAUGGUGUACUAGGUCUUUUUCGUGGUGUUGCAUCGAUGGUUGGACCACCUGUUGCAGGUUUAAUAAAAGAUCAUUAUAAAAAAUAUGAUUUAGCAUUUACUAUUGGCGGUACAAUGAUAAUUAUUGGAGCUUUUUUUCAUUUUUGUUUAUCAUUAGUUAAACCAGAACCUAAAGACAAUGAUGAAAAAGAAGUUCAUGUUUAA